AUGGUAGAAACUAGUCCGAGAAACGGUGAUACUAUUUCAUUUUUUUCCGUACAAAAUAUGAUUGAUGCAAUUGAAAAUAUCUAUUUUGUCUAUAUGAUUGCGGGUUUUAUAUGUCUUACAUCAAUUUUACCUAUUACUAAGUUAUCUGUUGGAAUUAGCUAUUUUCAUCAAUGUCCGACACAACCACAAUUACUUAUUUGGCUAAUUGUUUCUGGAUGUCGUGGAUUAUUUUGUAUUAUAUUAAUAUUUUCUAUUGUUGGUAUUGUCAUUGCAACGGAUCGUCAUUGCAAAAAACCAAUAUCCAAUCUGAUGAUUCUUAGUGGUUUAUUGAUUGUUGCCAUAUCUGCUUUCUCCAAUUUUGGCUGGUCGAUUGUGGGCAUCUUUUGGACUUUGUCGAUAAAAUCUACAGUUCAACAUAAAGAUUCAACUAACACUUCUACAUAUUGUCAUUCAACACCGUAUGUUUUUGUGAUCCUCAUGGCAUUUUUUCAAACAAUUAUUAUUAUCACAUUUCUCAUUGUUGGCUGUUUUUAUGGACGUCGAGAGUCACAUGGACCAACUAACGCAUCAAACAAUCAAGCAAUAAAUGAACUUCAUAAACAAUAUCGAAACUAUAUUAUAAUAUUUUUUUUAUCAUUAGUUUUUUUUAUAUAA